UUGCCAAGUGCUCUGAGGAAAUGCCGGAGAGUUUCCCAGUCCAAGACAUGGUCUCCUGAGUGGUCCCGCCACCACUGCAUCACAAGCCUUAAAACCAGUCUAACCUGGGACAUGACUGCUCUGCUUCCCAACGUCAGUGUUCCUGGGAGUACGGCAGCUUUGCUGGUGACCACUGACUGUCCGUUUAACCUGACUGCAGCUGCUCAGGCAGGACUGGGGUCAGGCCAUUCACUGGCCCCACUAUGUACCGUGUGUUGCUGUGGGGUUCUCAAUCGCACCUUGGCAGUGGUAUUCAUGGUCAGCCUAGCAUUUGCCAUCGUGGUUGGGAACGUGGUCACACUUACAGUGUUUGUGCAGACCAGACAGUCGAGAACACCACAGGGAUACCUGAAAGUGUCUCUGGCUAUAGCAGAUAUGAUGGUCGGUGUCCUCGUGGUUCCUUUUUCCAUCUACACUGAAAUCUCUCUGAUGGUAACCACCACGCCCCCUGUUUGGUAUCAGGGUACUUCUACUUCCCCUGCCAACUCCUCUUCUCGUGGUGGACUAGUAAGCCCAUGGCAGCCCUGCAUGCUGAUUGGUCCAGUGUUUGCUGGAUGCACAUUUGUUUCCAUCAGCACCAUUUUCCUAAUGACUUUGGAGCGCAGUGUGGCCAUCCUGUGGCCACUCCAAAAAGACGCCUUGGUGACCCGAAGACGAACUCUGUUCCUCAUCCUGUUCUCCUGGGCUUCCAGCUUUCUGCUGGCUUUAGCGCCUCUCAUCUUCAGCAGAAACUUCACUUUGGAGUACAAUGAGUGCAGUCGCAUGUGUAACUACACCCCACUCAUGCUUGGAGGCCAUCUCCCGCCUGAUGCCAACAUCUUGUUGUUAUUCCCAGCGUUCGAUUUCACACUGCUCGGUGGCACAUUGGCUGUUAAUAUCGUGUCUUUCACUAGCAUUCGGCGGUACUCCCAAAAACGCAAACUACUCUCAGAGGGGAGUCUGAGCGAUGGAGGAGGAGGAGGUGGAGGAUGCCCUCACAGGCCCUCUUUUUCAGACAUCAAAGCAGCCAAAACAAUUGGCAUAUUAACAUUUGCCUUUACAGCAUCCUUCACGCCCAUUGCAGUGUUUGUGCUCGGGAACGUGGUGGGAUACACCUGGUGUAAUUUCUCCUUUUUUGCCUUCUGGAUUCUGACAGGAAACAGUUGCUGUAAUGUUAUUAUUUACAGCGUCAGGGACCACCGCUUCAGGAAGGGUGUGACCCUGCUGUUUCAACGAGAUCAAUCCCCCCCGCAUGGCGAGAAGAACUAAGAGACGCGUAAAUCUGUGUUGUGGCUGUGACCCAAAGUAUGACUUGGAAUAGUUUAAAAAGUAGAGAAAGGUGAAGAAUGGGUUUAUUCGCUUACUCUGUGAAAAGAUUGUCAUCCCUUUCCUGUUUUCAAAGAGAGGAAAAAAGGAACCCUGCCUAUUUCAACUUGUGGUCCUUAAUAUGCCAUCAAUAAUCUCUCUUGCUAAAGCAUUAUGUUAAAAACAUAUGAAUUUCAUCCAUUAAAAAAGCAGCAACGUUAUUCCAUAUUAUGACCUAUAAAGGCUGUGAUUAUUUUACAUGUGCAAUGCACUCUGGAUUGAUGAUGGAAACGAGUUCGACUCAUUACAUCAGUCUCACAACCAAGUACAUAAUGUAUGAACGCUACGAAAUGUCUAAAGGAAACAAGAAAAGAGAUAUUAAUCUACACAGUUUUCUCAUCCAUAGCAAGAGAAAGGGAAAUGAUCGGGCACAUGCGGAUGAAGACAACUUCCAAAAGACCCCGAGCUGUGUUCUUGACACUUCUGUACUAACACAUUUGAUUAAUUUAGA